AUGGAGAGUUGGGAUAUUAGCAAUGUGGUAUCUCCUCAUUUAAGUGAUUUAUUAGAUGACGAAGAUCAAGAACUAGAAGAGAUUCGGAGAGAUCAAGAUGAGAAGGAGCGGAUGGCUUUAUGUCAUAUAACAGGUAAAUACAUUUUGAUGUAUUGUGAAAAAUACCUAUGCAAAGAACCUUGUCGUACAUCAAUGUGCUCUGGAAAUGAGUUUAUUCAAGAGAUAUUACGAGGAAAUGAGACUCGUUGUUAUGAAAAUUUCCGAAUGAAGAAGGCGGUGUUCAUUGAUCUAUCCAAUGACCUAACUGAUAAAUAUGGGUUUAAACCCACUCGUAGAAUGUCUAUACAUGAAAUGUUAGGCAUAUUCUUGAUGACUUGUGCACAUGGAGUUGGAAAUCGAAUGAUACAAGAUAUCUUUCAACAUUCUGGAGAGACAAUUCAUAGAUACUUUCAUAGUGUUUUAGAGGCCGUUUGUAAGCUUGCAAGAGAUAUCAUUCAACCACAUCCAAAUUAUAAUAAUGGUUGUGAUACUCACAAGCCAUGUAAACAAAGAUAUCUCCCUUUAUUUAAAGAUUGUAUUGGAGCAAUUGAUGGCACACAUGUUAAAGCUAGAUUACCGCAAGGUCAAGAAAUGCCAUAUAUUGGACGUAAAGGAGCAGCUCACGAUAGUCGUAUAUUUGCUGAGGCCCUUGGUAGAGAAGAGCUCAACUUUCCACAUCGACGCGAAAAUAAAUAUUAUCUAGUUGAUGCAGGAUAUUCACACAUGAAAGGAUACAUGACUCCAUACAAAGGAAAUAAUAUAAGAUAUCACCUAGCUGAAUUUCGCCGUGGUGCAACUCGACAAUUGCGAGAGCCAAGAGGACGCAUUGAGAAAUUUAACUAUUUACAUUCUUCUUGUAGAAAUGUAGUGGAGCGCACAUUUGGCGUUUGGAAAGCAAGAUGGUCUAUUUUGAGAGACAUGCCAUACUAUCACAUUGACACACAAAGGGACAUCGUACUUGAUACUAUGGCCAUUCACAAUUAUAUCAGAAGGAAAUGCAAUGUGGAUGAUGCAAUCCAAACAGCCGAGAAUGAGAGCUAUAUUCCAUCGCUUGAUCCUAAUGAUAUCGGAACAACUUCAAGAGCUAAAAAUGUAGAUGUCGAAGAUGUAGGAGAAAAAUAUGAUGUCUAUUGGAUGGGGUUUCGUGAUAUGAUUGCUAGUGAUAUUUCUAAUGCUUGA